UUUGGUGAAAUUUUGAAAGAUUUGCAUUUUUAGUUUACGCUUUACAGUGAUAUAUCUUUAGCAUUCGGCAUUCUACAUAUUCUGAACAAUAAAGAAAAUAAUCACUGUUUAAGACCUAAACCGUUUAUAGAAAAAAAGCAUAUACAUAAGCAAAUUACAUUUUGACGGUAUUUUAUCAAACAAAGAGCAGAAAAAAUCAUUGAAGAUGGAACUAUCAGGUAAAUUGUUCUAUAAAGGGGAAUUCCGGGAUAUUGCCGUAAAAAAUGAAAACAAAAAUGUUCCAUUCCGUAAACCGUUAUAUUUCCAGUUUUCCUUCCGUAAAUAGAACAAAAAUUCUAGGUUCCUUACAUGCCUUUCAAAAGAAAAUAUUUCCAGUUUUUAAUCCGUACACCGGAAAAAUAAUUCUUAAACCGAAAAAAACUAGGGUUCAAUUCCUUAAUUUCCGGUUUUCAUUCCGUAAACUGGAAACCGAAAAAUAAAUGAGACACAUGAGUACGAAUAUUGUUUUAACGGAACCUUUUCCAUAAUUGAAAUGGAAAAAAUUCCGGGUCGUUUCCGCAUACGUAAACUAGAAUUCCGCUGAAAAAUGACCCUAGUCGUAAAGUAACGCAUAAAGUUUGUGGUUUCUGAAAUGUGAAUUAGAGUUGCUGGUUGUUCCACCAACAGUUGUACCUCGCCUAGUCAAGAAUGAAGGAUAAAUAGUGAAUACAAGGAAACAUUAUGAUCUCCGUCUGGGCAUUAUUUCUGGGGCUUGGAGUGGCGUCUCCUGCAAGAAUUAGCAAUCAUGGUGGCCAUAUUGAAAAGCAUAAUAACGGCAAUGUUGAAAACCAUCAUGGCGGCCAUAUUGAAAACCAUCAUGGCAGCCAUAUCAAAAACCAUCAUGAUAGCCAUCAAGAUAUCCAACAUGGCGGCUAUCCUCCAAGCUGGCCUUUAAGGAAAUGGGACGAGUAUGAGUAUGGAAGUCCCCAGAAGUGUAAAACUGUUAAAUCUGGUUAUAAAAUAUCUGCAGACUGUACUCACAGCAAGGAGUGUGAACCAGUUUGUAGCUUAGUGGAAGAACCAUACUGCACAGUUAGGGAGAAGCUGGAAUGUACAACUGAAUACGAAACUAAAUGCAAAACAGUCCAGGAGAAACACUGUGAUGCUGUAUCUGAUGUGGACUGUGAUAUCGUCUUCGAUAAAAAGUGUACAGACGAGGUAAAGGAGGAAUGCGGGAUAGAACUAGAAAGAGAGUGCAAACAGGUGCCUGACAGAGAAUGCCGCCAAACAUUAAAGAAAGAAUGCACAGAAACUACUAGGGAUGAAUGUGAAACUACGAUGGAGGAUGUAUGUGAUACAAUAACAGAGCAAAAAUGUGAUUCUGUUGUGGAACAAAAAUGUACAACAAUCACAGAUAGAACAUGCAAUACAGUGCAGGAUCAAAUGUGUACAACUGUAAAUGAAGAGAAGUGCAGUACAGUGGUGGAUCAAGAGUGUAGAAUAGUAGAUGAUAAACAAUGCAGAACUGAAGAAGAGACCCUGUGUCAAACCAUUGAUGAUCAGCUGUGUACAACAAUAACAGAACAACGAUGCACAACUUUGGAUGAGCAGGUUUGUACUACUGUGAAUGAUCAACAAUGUUUGACAACCAACAACCAGCAGUGUACAACAAUAUCAGAUGAAGAAUGUACAACUUUGAAUGUACAACAGUGCAGCAAUCAGCAGAAUGAGUGCACUACUGUACAAGAAGAAGUGUGUGAAAGUACAUCAACCCAGACAUGUAAUGAUGUUCAGGAACUACAGUGUGAUUCUAAUCUUAAUCAACCAUUUGGAGGACAAAUACCAUCCUUAAUCAAUCAAGGGUUCAAUAACCUUGGGAAUCAAUUUGGAGGUUCUGUUUCUUCUCUCGGGAAUCAAUUUGGAGGUUCUGUAUCUUCUCUCGGGAAUCAAUUUGGAGGUUCUAGUACCACCCAGGGGAAUCAAUUUGGAAGUACCACCCAGGGGAAUCAAUUUGGAGGUUCCGGUACCUCCCUUGGAAAUCCGUUUGGAGGAUCAACUACGUCAUUAGGAACAGGGUUUUCAGAGAGUUCCUUCGGGGUUUUGGGAUUUGAAAGAACUGGUUCAGUUUCAGGAAGUAUUCGAGGCAAAAGACAAACAGAAGAGGAUAUAACAGAUAUAUUAGAUGGAGUUGAAGAAAACCUUCCUGAAGUUUCAGAUGAAUUAGCUCGUGUGGAGAGACAAGUCUUUAAUAAUGUGGGGCAAUCCAACAAUGUUGGAAUCAACAGAAUCCCAGCUAACAGCAACUGUAGACCAGUUUCUAGACGCGUGUGUAGGAGUGAACCUGUUAGUACCUGUAGAAAUGUUCCGCGGCAAAGAUGCCAACUAAACAGGGGUAACUGCACUAGUACUCCACAAAGGUCAUGCCAGACAGUGCCAAGACAGGAAUGCACGACCCUGCCUAAUACACAAUGUGCUACACGUCCACGACAAGAAUGUAGGCUAGUUCCUCGUCAGCAGUGCAAUCUUGUUCCAAGAGAAUCUUGCCAGAACCUUCCUCGUCAAAGCUGCGAAAAAGUUCCCAGAGAACGGUGUGAUUUUUACCAACAGGAACAGUGCCAGAAUAUCCCACGAGAAGAAUGUGUUCCUGUUCCAAAACAAGAAUGUCAGAUGGUUGAUAGAGAGGAAUGUAAAGAUGUUCCUCGUGAAGAGUGUGUAGAUGUACCCCGGCGAGAAUGCAAAGACGUUGAGAGACAAGAAUGUCGAAAAUCUCCGCGUAAGGUUUGCCGACCUGUUCCUGAUACAGUCUGCGAGGAUGUUCCUCGUGAAGAGUGUAAGACAGUAUUAAAAGAGGAGUGUAAUAAUGUCCCCAGGAAGGAAUGCAAGCAGGUUGUAAACCAAAAUUGCGUUGAAGAACCAAAAGAGGUUUGCACACAGACACCAAGAAAGUCAUGUGAUUAUAUUCCCAGAAAAAAGUGUAAAAAGUUUCCAACCGAGAAGUGCUCAAGUACACCACGUGAAAUCUGUACUAGAGUUCCAAAGAAGAAAUGCACGGAACGUUGUACUCAGGUUUAUCAAUGUACUGUAUGUGACGAGCGGUACACUAGGAGUACAGAAAAUCCUUCAAAUCCACCAAACUUGGAUUAUACUGAGAUUACAAGAAGACCCCAUAAACCUGAGUAUUUUCCCUGGAAAACCGAGUCAGGCAGACGAAAUGAUGUCUCAGACUCUGACAUCAGUGAGAGCUUGGUGGAUCCAAAUAUACAGAUUAAACCUUUAUCGUCAUUGUUUCAAAUAUUCAAAGUUAGAUAAAAUAAAAUAAAAAUUUACUUGAG